AUCUCUUGUUAUUUUUUUGCUUACAUGCCUAUAGAUAUCAUUCUGACCGUUCUUUAUGACGGGACCGACUCCAUACCCGGAUGGGAGUAUCUCAAGACGUAUGUGCCUGUUGCCCUUACAUUCGGAGCAAUCAAGUACUACUUUUCAGGUGCCAGCAAUACAUGGGAGCGAGAUUUACAUGGAAAAGUUUACAUUUUAACUGGUGCAACUACAGGGAUGGGAGCGCAAGUUGCCUAUGAAUUGGCUACACGGGGAGCGCAACUUGUUUUGUUGGUGAGAAGCACCGAAGACAUCUGGGUGGUUGAUUAUGUGGAAGAUUUACGAAACAAGACCAACAAUGUGUUGAUCUAUGCUGAGGAGUGUGAUCUCGAUUCAUUGUAUUCGGUGCGGAAGUUCGCCACCAAAUGGUUGGACAACCAGCCUCCUAGAAGAUUAGAUGGGGUAGUGUGCUGUGCUGCGGAAUCGCUUCCCAGAGGUAAGCCUAGACAAGUCACAGUAGAUGGAGUAGAGCAACAGAUGGGAGUCAAUUAUUUAGCAAACUUCCAUCUUCUCACACUUUUGGGUCCUUCUUUGAGAGUUCAGCCUCCUGACAGAGAUGUGCGUGUGGUAUUGGCCACAUGCUCAUCUCAGGCUUUAGGAGAGGUAGAUAUAGACGAUCUUUUGUGGGAGUCUAAGAGAUACCCUUCUUCGCAGCCUUGGAAGAUUUACGGCAGUUCCAAGCUCUUGCUCGGAAUGUUUGCCAAAGAGUACCAACGUAGACUCAUGGCUUACGAAAGAAACGACAAGGCUCCAUGUAAUAUCCGGAUCAACUUGGUCAACCCUGGUAUCAUGAGAACAGCUUCAACACGAAGAUUUCUUUCUAUGGGAACCGUCUUGGGUUUGCUUUUGUAUUUGAUCAUGUAUCCCAUCUGGUAUUUAUUCUUGAAGAGUGCUAGACUGGGUGCCCAGAACGUGUUCUUUGCCCUUUUUGCACCCAUUUUUCCCAAGUUGGAGGGAGGCAAUUUUGUACAAGAAUGCAAGAUUAACCCAAAGGUCAGACAAGAGUUGACAGACGCCGAUCUCCAGAAAGAAGUAUUUGACAAGACAGAGGAGAUCAUUGUCAGGUUAGAGAAGCAGUCAGCCAUUGAAAGAAAGAAGCACAAGAUGGCAGAAGACGCAAAGAAGCCUUUGGCGGAAAAAUUAAGGGAGAAAAACGAAGAGUUUGAGCGUAAAAGUAAUAUUGCCGAAAAGCCCAAGACUACUGAUGAGUUGAGCUUAAAGUUGAACAGACUCAGACAACAAAUAAGCAUAGGGGCCAUUCCUAAUGGUGAGCUUCCGCUUUUCCCAGAGUCAACUACAAACCAACAGGCCACCGCUACAGGCAAGAGCAGUUCUUCUGGAGCCAAUAGUAGAAAAUCCAAGUCCAGAAAGGCUUAGUCUACAGGAUAUAAAAUGGUACCGAUGCUUUAACUGUAAUUGUUUAGCGACACUGUUGAAGCAUUGCUACGGAAAAAGUAUAGCGAGUUGUAGUGAACUGCUACAGAUAAAUAACUCAAUAUGGUUGAAUAUAGGGUCAAGGUAGAUUAUUUCUCGCUGAUUAAUGGUUGCGAAAAAUUAAGACAAAUUCAUUAAACAGUGUGGAGCUAAAAGUCCAUUUUUCAGGAUAAUCAUGAAUAUCGUACGGAUUUGAAAGUUUUACAAGGUAAUUAAUACAGCAAAAAUCUCACGGUAGGAUAUUAUAGACUUUCCUAAUACAUGUACUCCACAG